AUGAACAUAAAAUCAUUUGUCAAAACUAAAGAUUGCAGGAGAAAAACUCUUCUGGAUCAUUUUGAAGCUGAUUGUAAAUUGCCACUUUAUCUGCAUCUUUGUUGUGACAACUGUGCAUCUAUUUGUGAAUGUGGACAAGCAGACUGUGGGCAGUAUACAAAAUACCCAAUCACUGAUUGUUACAAGGAUGUACUGUUUAGUGGGAGUAAACGAGACGUUAGCAAUGAACAGAAGUUGAUUGAGAAUGCUCUGAUACAAUACCAGAAGAAACUUCUUAUUGAACUUGCUAAAAAACUGCAAAAACAGAAAUCAAAACUUUAA